UAAGAACAAAAAUAAGCAAACUGAACCUCCUCAAACAACCAGCACAAAUUAAUGGCCAGUUCAAACUUUGCUCUAAAUCUUUCUUCUUUGUUCCUCUCAGUCACCAUCUUCUUCUGUUUUUGCCUCUCCUCAGAGGCCAAAUUCCCCUAUGCUGAACACUGCAAUGCAGUUGUACCCCAGCCAACCUCUUCAAGAUUUUCCGUCGACACGAGCAGCUCUAUUUAUAUCUCCGGGGGAUACUUUUCCGGGCGAGGGAAAUUCUCCAAUGGAAAAUUCAAUUUUUACACCAACAACGUCUAUCGGACCCAGACACCGGGGACUGUUUACAUCACUGGCCGCCUUACCACGGGAAGCACGUCAAGUUAUUCGACAAGAGUCGCCUCAUUUAGUUUGGCACCGCACAGAUUGUUGGAGAGUGCGGAGGUGGCAAAUUUUCAGUUGUCUGGUUUCUGGUCCAAGCCCAUGGAGAAGAUUUGCAUGACGGGCACUGGAUCUCUCAGCCAAGAAAAUGGUACUUCCUCCAAACUCUCUGCUAUGUUCACCCUAGAUUAUCCCAAAGAUUCAAAUAUAUCUUACAGUAUUGUUAGUGGGAAACUUGAAAGCCUGGAUGAUUCCAAUAGCCCGAGUCAUUUCGACAAAAUUUCAGUUUUAGGCUAUGCGCAGAACAAUUAUAUCUAUACCCAGAUGUCUAGAGUUAGCGAAAUUUGCUCUCGUGUAGAAGUCCCUAAACUUUCUCUCGGGCUUGAGACAACUUCUGACCUUCAAAAUCUGUUGCCUGGAGAGUUUCAGUUGGAAUAUGAGAGAGGCUGCUCUGCUGAGAAAUGCAGCCCAUUCUCGACUGAAUUCUUGCCUAGUUUCAUGAAUUUGAAUGUAAUUCAUACUACAGAAGAGGGCAAAGUGCAUAUGUACAUAGGUUUCUCUAACGGAAGUGCUCGUAGCUAUGGUAACUUCUUGGUUCCUGGAAACUCGCUAGUUGCUGAGGGCUAUUGGGAUUUGGAGAAGAAGCUCCUCUGUCUACUGGCUUGCCCAGUAAUAAUAACAAAGGAAAAUUCUAAAAAUUCCUUUGUUGGUGAUUGCACAAUUGGAUUGAGCUUCUGGUUUCCUGGGAUAUUUACAAUUAAGGACCGAAGUAACAUCGCUGGACGUAUCUGGAGUCUCAAAGGAGAUAGUGAUCCUGGAUAUUUCGGUUCAAUUUCAUUUCGGAGCUUAGGAGGAAAUAUCGAUGUCCUUCCUGGUGCCAAGUAUGAGUAUACUAAAACCCAUUCCAUGAUGACGACUUGCAGCAGUACCAAAGUUGUAAAUUAUCGGAAUGAGAGGUAUCCAAAUGAGAACUCCGUUGAAGACUUGAGAUUUGAUCUCUAUGUGAGACCUGACAAUGGAAGUUCGAUGUGGGGUUACGCAACGCCUUUGUCUAUUGGAGACAGAUUUUAUGGUUUUUCAUUUUCCGGGAUUUCUUCUGAUGUAUAUUUUUUCGGCAAGAACCAUAGCAGCAGCCAGAGUCUUUUGAAUGUCAGCUAUACAAUAAGUUACAGAUCCUAUAAUAGUUUGCGUACAUAUAUCUCAGCGGAAGGGGUCUACAAUUCUCGAACAGGCAAAUUUUGCAUGAUUGGCUGUAAACUUCCGGAGGAGAGCUAUGCUGAAGACUGUAAAAUUCAAAUUAGUAUUCAGUUAUCUCCACUAAAAAUGAACAAUGAAGAACAUGUUAUCAGGAAUUCUAGUGGCAGUACUAGACAUCUUAAUGGGACUAUUUGGAGCACAAGGAAAAAAUCCGACCCUCUCUACUUCGGUCCUUUAGAAAUCUCAUCAUAUGGCAUGUACAGUAUAGAAGCUAUGGAAACAGUCGCGAGAAUGGAUAUGGAGAUAAUUAUGGUAAUAAUCUCCCUCACGUUUUCAUGUAUUUUCAACGUGCUUCAGAUAUUUCACGUCAGAAAAAACCAUGGUGUGCUCCCAUCGAUAUCCAUCACUAUGCUUGUUGUUUUAACUCUAGGCCAUAUGGUCCCUCUAGUACUCAAUUUUGAGUCCUUGUUCGUAUUGAAGCAAAGAAGGAACAAUGUUACGUUGAGUGGUGGAUGGCUGGAAGUGAAUGAGGUAAUAGUAAGAGUGAUGACCAUGGUGGCUUUCCUGCUUCAGCUCCGUCUUCUUCAAUUGGUUUGGACCGCUAGAUCUUCAAAUGAGAGCAAAACAGGAAUUUGGAUUGGCGAAUGGAAAGUGCUACGAUUCUGCCUUCCAUUUUAUUUGGCUGGUGGAUUAAUUGCUUGGUUCGUUCAUUCGAAAACUUAUGAAACUCAAGGAGGUAGGAUGAUAUGGACUGCUCUGAUAUCUUAUGUCGGCUUGAUACUUGAUGGCUUUCUCCUUCCUCAAAUUAUUGUCAACGUGAUUUCGAACUCCAAAGAUAAGGCACUCACUCCUAUAUUUUACAUGGGAACUACCGCAGUUCAUGCACUUCCUCAUCUCUAUGACGUUUAUCGAGCUCACAACUAUAUGCCAUACCUCAAUUUCUCGUAUAUUUAUGCUAGCCCCGAUGGCGACUAUUAUUCCACUGUAUCGGAUAUCAUUAUUCCUUUAGGAGGGGCAUUCUUAACGACCCUCAUUUUCUUACAACAAAAGUUCGGUGGUCGUUGCUUUCUUCCUCACAAAUUUAGAAGGUUUACUGGAUAUGAGGCGGUCCCUGUUAUUACUGCUUAGUCGCUCUGUGCGAUAUAAGUCUAGCUUUGCAUCAGUGAAUGAAUAAGGGUUCCUGUGUAAAUUUUCUGAUGCAAUAGUAGUUCCUGUACCUGAUUUUCUCUUCCCUGAGCAACUAUAUUCAAGCGAAUCAUGUGAUUGCAGAAUUGUGCUUGAUGAUGCAUCAUCGACAAAAUGUUUUAGCUUCACUCAAGCCUAACUGCAAAAAUAUGGAGUUUGGAAGUCGUUAGCCGCUAUUUUGCAGUACUUCUUUAUUUUGUUCUGGUUUAUGUGUGCUAAUAAUACUUAGCACUUUGUUUCAUUUUUUACUGUGUUUCUUUAGUUUGCGGACUAGAGUAACUUUCAAAAGUAUGGUGCCUCUCUUCUACCUAUGGAUUUGUAGUCAGUCAAGUUUGUUUCCUUAAGACAAUGUUAUGAUGUUAUAAUGGAUAUUAAGGGUUUAAAACCUCUCUGGCUAUCUACUUAUAUACAAAUUGUAGCAAAUCUCACCUAUUAAGUAAUCAGAUUGGUAACUUGACUACUUAUAAAUAGACAGAUAUAAGGCUUUACCGUGUCACAUCGGAGAUAGUCUGGAACUAAAAUGAUAGUAGAAACUAAUAAUUUUAGUGUCUUCGACCAAAAUGAGGAAUCAACACGAAGAUAAUAUGUGAAGUCUUAGAUUCUUCUGUGCUUGAUUUUCUUAUAAAAAUUAAUAGAAUUCAUGCCCUAGACAGUUUAUAUUGCUCAGAACAAAAACAAAAUUUGACUUAAUCCUAACUAAGGAGGCUUAACGAGAGCGGUAAUAUCAACGAUAUCAUCCAAAGAUACCUUGCAAAGGUGAAAAUUUUGGAAUCAAAAUCUGAUUCUUUCGUCAAAUGAGUACUGACUUUUUGAUUGAUCCACAUUGUAAUCUCAUUGUGCUUCAUGUCCACUUCUUUUAUCGUACCAAUAUGUUAGACAGUAGACUUGAUGGCAAAGCACUCUAAUCUCCACAUAUUUUUGUAUAAACUUUAGUCUAAUCUUAUCUUACAAUUUGCAUACCUGCAUUAUAUAGGUCUGGAUUAUUAUGAUUCAUGACAAUUUACAUUUGGCUAAGGGAGAAAGUUUA